GACAGAGUAUAUAUAUACACAUAUAUAUAUAUAGAGAGAGAGAGAGAGAGAGAGUGAGUGUAUAUGUGUGAGAAAGGAGAAUGAUGGAAAGGUACUGGUGGGGAUGAAAAUGCUAGGCACCUUCUAUGGCGCACUACCAAAGAAAAAAAUUACAAAGGCAAGAAAGGCCACAAAGCAACAUUUGAACCGAAACACAAACAUCAACCAAAAAAAAAAAAAAAAAAACAACAAAUUCUGGACUUCUUGUGGGCCCCACUUCCGCCAUAGCCAAGAACCACUGCCCACCUCAACUCCUCCCAUAUCCUAAACCCAUCAUUGCCAUCAAAGAAUCUCUCUCUUUCUCACCACUAUUUGCGCCCCAAGAGAAACAGUUCCAUUUCUCUCCAUUUCCCACUAAGACUCUGCUUCAAAGAAAAGAGAAAACCAGAGCUUUCUUCUUUUUUUUUUUUUAAAUGGAAGUUGUUUUUUCCUGUUUUCUUCUAUCUUUUGCUAUCUGUUCAGUUAUGAGUAGCUGCUAAAGGGGCUUUGCUUUUGUGUUUUUGGAUUUGCCUUUUGGGUCUUUGGAGUAAUGGGGAACUGCUGUUGCAGAAGAGAACCUUCCAUUUACAGAGUAUCUUCCAAUGCAAAAUCAGAGUCUCCAAAGGACCAGAGUCCCUCAGUGAAGCCUAGGAAGGAAGUCAAAAAGUUACCAUCAAAUCCCGAGGAAGUUGAGAGCUUACGCCGCGAUUCUGCGGCGAAUCCACUAAUCGCAUUCACCUUCAAUGAGCUAAAGCAAAUGACUGACAAUUUUAGGCCGGAUCGGAUGUUGGGCGGUGGAGGAUUUGGUAGUGUCUACAAAGGGUUCAUAACUGAGGGCUUACGAGAAGGACUUAAACCACUUCCGGUGGCUGUAAAAGUUCAUGAUGGUGAUAACAGUCAUCAAGGACAUAGAGAAUGGCUGGCAGAAGUUAUAUUUUUGGGGCAGCUUUCACAUCCAAAUUUGGUUAAGCUGAUUGGGUAUUGCUGUGAGGGCGAGCACCGGGUGCUGAUAUAUGAGUACAUGGCUCGUGGCAGUGUCGAAAAUAAUUUAUUUUCAAGAGUGUUGCUCCCUAUGCCAUGGUCCAUAAGAAUGAAGAUUGCAUUUGGUGCUGCAAAGGGGCUUGCCUUUCUUCAUGAAGCUGAGAAACCCGUCAUUUAUCGCGAUUUUAAAACAUCCAAUAUUCUUCUGGACCAGGACUAUAAUGUAAAGCUGUCUGACUUUGGCCUAGCGAAAGACGGGCCGGAGGGUGACAAAUCUCACGUUUCUACACGCAUAAUGGGGACAUAUGGCUAUGCUGCACCCGAAUAUAUCAUGACAGGCCAUUUAACUCCUAGAAGUGAUGUAUACAGCUAUGGUGUUGUUCUUCUUGAGCUUUUAACAGGAAGAAAGUCGUUAGACAAGUUGCGACCGGCGCGGGAGCAAAACCUCACCGAUUGGGCUCUUCCCUUGCUUAAAGAGAAGAAGAAGUUACUCAACAUCAUAGAUCCAAGACUGGAAGGAGAUUAUCCCAUCAAAGGAGUUCACAAGGCAGCCAUGCUAGCUUAUCAUUGCUUGAACCGAAACCCGAAGGCGAGGCCUCUGAUGAGAGACAUAGUAGAUUCCUUGGAGCCUCUUCAGGUCACUGGGGAAGUUUCUGAUGAGAAAAGUACCAUAACUGUGAUUACUGCCCAGGGCCCAGUUGCUGAAGUUAAAAUGAAAGAUGAUAUAAAGCUCUACUAAUUGCCAUUGCCACUGAUUUCUUUUCAAUAGUAUAUAGGUUUUCUUUUGUGUAUUUGAAACAAGAAAAACAUUUUUUUUUCCCAACUUUUUUCCCUGGGUACAAGUACAUGGUUUUGGUGAGAACUAGCUAUUGGGAUACUGUAACAAUACGUAAAGAUCAAACAUAAAUGACAGGUACUGUAGUAGAAUGUUAGUAAGCAUCUGGGCAUAGGUGAUAAUGAUAUAU